CGAGCCGCAGCCGAGCGGCCGUGGGCCCGGGCGGCGGGCGGAGACGCGGGCGCCGUCCCCGCUACGGCCCGCGUUAGCUGGAAUGUUUUUAUAAAGAGAUAUCCUCUCCAUCAUCUGUUUGGUUACCGUGAGGUACAUCUUGCACAGGAAAGACUUGUUUCUUAUGUGAUGCCAUUCCAGCACUGGACUCAUGGAGGCUGAACAUUUAUUCAGGUUUUGGAAGAGGUCAAGGCAAGAAAAGCUGUUGAAAGGUGUUGGAGAAGCUUCAUCCUUUGGACUGGUCUCUAAUAUCGAGGUAUACUCACAAGAGUUAGUAGAUGGAGUCCAUAGAGCCCACUGUAUUAUAUUGAAGAAGAUGUCUAACAGUAACACUAUUCAAGAGACCCUGGAAAUAAUGAAAGAAUCAGAAAAAAAACUGGUGGAAGAAUCUGUAAGCAAAAACAAGUUUAUAUCUAAGACUCCAAGUAAGGAAGAAACUGAGAAAGAGAGUGAAGAUACUGGUUUGCGUCCAGAGACACAGGAUUAUGAGUUCCUUUUGGACAAGAGGCGGACAUCCAACCAUGGUCAUGCCAGGAAAAGAGCCAAGUCUAAUUCCAAGCUGAAGUUGGUGCGCAGCCUGGCAGUGUGUGAGGAGUCCUCUGCCCCAUUUGCUGAUGGACCACUAGAAACCCAGGAUAUAAUUCAGUUGCACAUCAGCUGCCCCUCUGACAAGGAGGAAGAAAAAUCCACGAAGGAUGUCUCUGAAAAGGAAGACAAGGACAAAAACAAAGAAAAGGUCCCAAGGAAGAUGCUUUCUAGGGACUCCAGCCAAGAAUAUACAGACUCCACUGGAAUAGACCUACAUGAAUUUCUUGUAAAUACACUGAAAAAGAACCCAAGGGACAGAAUGAUGCUGCUAAAAUUAGAACAGGAGAUUCUGGAAUUUAUUAAUGACAACAAUAACCAGUUCAAGAAGUUCCCUCAGAUGACCUCAUAUCACCGGAUGCUAUUACACCGGGUAGCUGCCUAUUUUGGGAUGGACCACAAUGUUGAUCAAACUGGAAAAGCUGUCAUCAUCAACAAAACCAGUAACACAAGAAUCCCCGAACAGAGAUUCUCAGAACACAUAAAGGAUGAGAAGAAUACAGAAUUUCAACAGAGAUUCAUUCUCAAGAGAGAUGAUGCCAGUAUGGACCGAGAUGAUAACCAGAUCAGAGUUCCAUUGCAGGAUGGAAGGAGGAGCAAGUCAAUAGAAGAGAGAGAGGAGGAAUAUCAAAGGGUCCGAGAGAGAAUAUUUGCCCGAGAGACUGGCCAGAACGGAUAUCUAAAUGACAUCAGACUCUCCAAAGAAGCCUUUUCUUCUAGCUCUCACAAGAGAAGGCAGAUUUUUAGGGGGAACCGUGAGGGGCUGAGCCGAACCUCAAGCAGCCGCCAAAGCAGCACAGACAGCGAACUCAAAUCCCUGGAGCCACGGCCUUGGAGCAGCACAGACUCCGAUGGCUCUGUCCGGAGUAUGCGGCCCCCUGUCACCAAAGCCAGCAGCUUCAGUGGAAUCUCUAUCCUCACCCGAGGGGACAGCAUCGGGAGCAGUAAAGGUGGCAGUGCAGGAAGGAUCUCCAGGCCAGGUAUGGCACUAGGUGCCCCAGAAGUGUGCAGCCCGGUCACCUCAUCCCAGUCUGUCCGGGGCCUUCUCCCUUGUACUGCCCAGCAGCAGCCACAGCAGCCGCCACAGCCGCAGCUUCCUGCUCUCCCACCCACGCCUCAGCAACAGCCACCCUUGAGUAAUCACAUGAUCUCACAGGCAGAGGACCUCAGCAACCCCUUUGGACAAAUGAGCCUUAGCCGCCAAGGUUCUACUGAAGCAGCUGACCCAUCCUCAGCUCUGUUCCAGCCCCCGCUUAUCUCCCAGCACCCCCAGCAGACUAGCUUCAUUAUGGCGUCUACGGGACAGCCCCUCCCCACGUCCAGCUAUUCCCCUUCUAGUCAUGCGCCACCUACUCAGCAAGUUCUGCCGCCCCAGGGCUACAUGCAGCCCCCUCAACAGAUCCAGGUUUCUUACUAUCCCCCUGGACAGUAUCCUAAUUCCAACCAGCAAUACCGACCUCUGUCUCACCCGGUGGCCUACAGCCCCCAACGUGGUCAGCAGCUGCCUCAGCCAUCCCAGCAGCCUGGUUUACAGCCCAUGAUGCCUAACCAGCAGCAGGCGGCUUACCAAGGCAUGAUUGGGGUCCAGCAGCCACAGAACCAGGGCCUGCUCAGCAACCAGAGGAGCAGCAUGGGGGGCCAGAUGCAAGGCCUGGUGGUUCAGUACACUCCACUGCCUUCUUACCAAGUCCCAGUGGGUAAUGACUCGCAAAAUGUGGUCCAGCCGCCUUUCCAGCAACCCAUGCUGGUCCCUGCGAGCCAGUCUGUGCAAGGGGGCCUCCCGGCAGGGGGCGUACCAGUGUACUACAGCGUGAUCCCACCCGCUCAGCAGAACGGUACGAGCCCUUCUGUGGGGUUUCUGCAACCUCCCGGCACUGAGCAGUACCAGAUGCCUCAGUCUCCCUCUCCCUGCAGUCCACCACAGAUGCCACAGCAGUACUCAGGAGUGUCACCUUCUGGACCAGGCGUGGUGGUCAUGCAGCUGAAUGUCCCUAAUGGACCCCAGCCUCCCCAGAACCCAUCCAUGGUCCAGUGGAGUCACUGUAAAUAUUACAGCAUGGACCAGCGUGGGCAGAAACCUGGAGACCUAUACAAUCCUGAGAGUAACCCCCAGGCCAGCACUCAAAUGAGCAACAGCCCCGUCACAUCUCCUACCCAGUCUCCAGCACCCUCUCCUGUCACCAGUCUCAGCAAUGUCUGCACAGGACUCAGUCCCCUUCCUAUCCUCACACAGUUCCCCCGGCCUGGGGGUCCAGCACAGGGUGAUGGGCGCUACUCCCUCCUGGGCCAGCCAUUGCAGUACAAUCUGUCUCUCUGCCCUCCCUUGCUCCAUGGCCAGUCAGCUUACACGGUACACCAGGGACAGAGUGGAUUGAAGCAUGGAAACCGGAGCAAAAGACAAGCACUCAAAUCUGCCUCCACUGACCUGGGGACAGCAGAUGUCGUCCUGGGCCGGGUGCUGGAGGUGACAGAUCUCCCUGAGGGCAUCACUCGGACCGAAGCGGACAAACUCUUCACUCAGCUUGCCAUGUCUGGCGCCAAGAUCCAGUGGCUCAAGGAUGCUCAGGGGCUGCCUGGCGGGGGUGGGGGGGACAACGGUGGGACUGCUGAGAACGGCCGUCAUGCAGACCUCGCUGCCUUGUACACCAUCGUGGCUGUGUUUCCCAGCCCCCUGGCUGCCCAGAAUGCCUCCCUUCGCCUCAACAACUCUGUGAGUCGCUUCAAACUUCGAGUGGCCAAAAAGAACUAUGACCUGAGGAUCCUGGAGCGAGCCAGUUCCCAAUAAACGGAGGAGGGGAAGGCACCAGCGCAGUGGGGGGAUGGGGGAGGGGGCCGAGGGAUCCCGACAGACCACGGACAGAGGCAGAAAGGAAGGUGACAGACACUGAACUGGAGCCUAAGACAGUGGGGAUGAAGAUGGAACAGACACACUGGCACUGGACUCCUUCUCGCUCCCCUGCCAUGGGUCCCCUCUUUUUCCCUGGUUGGCCCCCCCUUGCUUCCCUCUCCUUCCUAUCCUCUUCUGCCAUUUUUUAAUCUCUUCUCCCACCAUGAAAUUAAUUUUUUUCAUAUUUUUUUGGUCAGGUAGAUUUGGGAGGGUCCCACACUCCCCUAUUCGAUCUUCUUACCAUCCCAAGCUCCCUUUUCAUUUCUGGUCUUUAUGAAUAUAUUUAUAUGGACAGAAUUAAGAAAAGCAAAAUUGAUUUCCCCUUCCUCUCACUUCCCCCAUCUUGUCUCCCCAAACCCCAAAGAGUUAAAACUUGGGCCUCCCCCCACCUCCCAGAACACUUGUAUAUUGUUUGUUUGAGGUUUGUGCCACAGUAACAGACAGUAUUUAAUUGCACAUACAGAUGUUUGCUGGGUAUAUUCACUGUAAAUUUUAUUUAAUCUGAUUUUUUGUUUGUUUGGGGGGUUACUUGGGGGGAGGUUGAUUUUGUUUUUAAAUAUAAAAAAAAAAAAUCUGUCACUGGA